UGGUUAAAGGAUGUGAGGACACUAGCCAAUCCAGAACUGGUGAUUAUUUUAGUGGGUAACAAAAAUGACAAAAGUGAUGAAAGAGAGGUUUCUUAUUUAGAAGCAAGUCGGUUUGCUCAAGAACAUGGUAAUAAAUGAUGUUUUUGGAAGCAAGUGCAUUAAAUGGGGAUGGUGUUGAAGACAUGUUCUUUAAAUGUGCAAGAUCCAUUCUAAGUAAGAUCGAAACUGGACAAAUUGACCCUGAAAGAAGUGGAAGUGGUGUACAAUUUGGCGACUCAAGUCUAAGACGAAUGACUCAAAGAACAAGAACACGAAAGAAAGAAAGAUCAUGUUGCUUUUAACUGUAUAUAAUAAAUAUCUAAUGGUGUGUUGCUUACUUA